UGAAUCACCCAUGUGCAGAUAUCAAUUCCCAUAUUGGGUCUUUAUUAUUCCCAACAUGUUUUUAUUUCACCUGCAUCACACACGUCAACAGACUUUUAGGCAAAUUAAAGGAAGAAUGCCAGGAACACUCUGCCAUCCUCACAGACUAAUGAUACCUGCAGUAGUAUUAGUGAUUUACUCUUGUUCCAACGCGGCCAAUCUUGUAACAGUGUGAUUGAUGUGUGGACAUUGGCCCUGAAGAUGCUCCAGACCAUCAGUCGAACCUGUCAUGGCCCUUUUCAGAUAUGGCUCACUGACAGCACGACCAACGGCAUACUUUGAUUUAUAGCGAUGACACAUCUUUCCGUCUCCACACCUGAUUAAAAGUGUCCCUUCUCAUGGACCUUCAGCAGUUUGCUGUUUGGUUAGCUAGGAGCGAAUAGUUCACGAACAAUUCAUCUGUGCCAUGGACGUAGUACCUUCAGGAAGUUUCUUGCCACGAUUUCUUGCUUUAAUUCUUCUGAUCAGUGCACUCCAUAUUCAGACAGGAAGUCUUGGAAGUCCAGUCAACCAGAUUUACCGUUCAAAGGAUGAUUCAGAUAUCCAGAACCAGAUUGUGGCAUUUCUGUUGCGGAAAAAUGUUCUGCCCGCCAGAGAAGAGGGUGUAAUAGGACUGGAGAUGGCCAGCAAAAUCGCAGAGCUACAGAAGGUAAAGUAAGAGCUUAAUCUAGAAAGGCAGCUGGUGUCUAAUGCAAUAGAAAAAGAGAGAACGAUACCCAAGAAAAGAAAUGACGCCUGCUUCUGGAAAUACUGCAUUUGA